GGCUCCGGUCUUCACCACCCUCCACCAUCACCCAACACAAGAUGGCUGUGGUCCUCGGUGCCUCCGUGCUCCUCCUUGCUCUGUUGUGCAUUGCCUUCGUCCCCAGCCACGGGGCGCUGCAGGUUGGGUUCUACAGUGGGAAAUGCAACGGCACCGAUGUGGAGGCGGCCAUCAGAAGUGUCGUCGCUGCGCGCUUUGGUCGGGACAGCAGCAUCGUCCCCGCCCUCCUCCGCUUGCACUUCCAUGAUUGCUUCGUCAGGGGAUGCGACGCUUCGAUACUGUUGGAUGGGAGCGGAACCGAGAAGACUGCACCCCCCAACUUGAGCGUGAGAGGCUACGACCUCAUCGAUCAGGCGAAGACUGCACUGGAGAGUCGAUGCCCGGGCGUCGUCUCCUGCGCCGAUAUCAUUGCCGUGGCCACAAGAGAUGCUGUCGUGCUGGGUGGUGGGAGUCAAUACACGUACGCGGUUCAAACGGGGAGGAGGGAUGGCGUCGUCUCGCUGGCUUCCGAGGCGAUUAGCAAUCUCCCCGGCGCUUCCUUCUCCGCGUCGCAAGCUAUCGCCGCGUUCGGGGCGAAGGGGCUUAGCGCUUCCGACACGGUUUUGCUGCUUGGAGGUCACACUGUUGGCGUCACGCAUUGCUCCUUCAUCCGCAAUCGUCUGUACAACUACAACGGGUCCGGAAAACCUGAUCCGACCAUGGAUCCCGCUCUCGUCAACUUGCUUCGGUCGAGGUGCCCGCAGAGUUCGACGGUGGACAACACGGUCUUCCUCGACCACUCUACGCCCAGCACGGUGGACAACGGCUACUACAAGCAGAUCCUAGCGAAGCGGGGGGUUCUCAAGGUCGACCAGAACAUAGCCAUGGACGGUGCCACCAACGCCACCGUCAGGUCGCUGGCCAACGGCGGAUCCAGCUUCCCCAGCCUCUUCGGCAGGGCCAUGGUGAAGAUGGGCGCCAUCCAGGUGCUCACCGGGGCGCAGGGACAGAUCCGGAAGUCUUGCCGCGUCGUCAAGAAAUGAAAGCUACAACUCCACUGUAGCUCGGUGUUUCCUCUCGUUGGGUUUCGGAAUUGCUCUUUGUCGGUGAUAAUAAACGAUGUCUGCAACGAUCGGCUUCUUAGGAGGGAGAUGAGGUUGUGUUGAUUGACAACAUGCGUGUUUUGUGAUGCGUGCCGUCUCAUUAUUUCUUUGAUGAGGAAUUUGUCGUUGUUAUAUUCACUGUUAAAGUUUACAAAUAUAUUAAAUGUUUUUCUUUAAGAUUAA